AUGCCAAAACCAUUAUGCGUGGCUCUGAUUCGACAAGCUGGCUCUUGUUUCUUCGAUCAAGAGUCCCAUCCCGCCGUUUCCAUCACACCCAGACGUGCCAGACCGGCAACGACCGGCUGGAAGGGUGUAAGGGACCACGGAACGCUCCACUGGGCAAAGCGAAUAAGCAUCGCUCGGACAAAGUCUGUUUUCUUCGUUGUUGCUUUGAUGACUCGCGAAGGGUUGUUCGCUACCCGCCGAAAGCGAACGGACAUUCACCCGUGCUCGCCCAAGGUUUUCCUCUCCGUCGUGGAUGAGAAACAGGAGCAACUCAACUCAACUCAACGGCACGAACGGGCAGAAACAAAGUCAACGUUCCAUCGGUCGAUGUCGCUCGAUGGCAGAAGAACAGCGUCGGUCCUAUCACGGUGA